AUAGAUAUAUGAUUUAUGUGAAUAUGAUGUAAUGGAUAGGAAAGUCUGAUGCUGGAUGUCAAUAAAAAUAAAAUGAAAAAAAAUAAAAUUAAUAAAAAAGACAGGUUUUGCGACACUCCCUCCAGCACUAAUGACAGGCAGCUGUUUUGGAUCCGAUCGCUGUGGAACCUCCACCUGAUGGGACAACUUUGACAGUUGUGCAAGGCGUGGAGGUGAGAAGUGAGGAUGGAGAAAGUGACACAGUGCGUGCGGGACAAUCCCCGAGUGGGCGUGGAAAAGUGAUCUGGCAACUCGCAAACACGCGGAAUGUAGGAGGGAUCGCGCCACGGUGAACUUUGUCACAAAUCCCGCACACGGUUUGAGUCACUCGGCGACGUGACGAUGCUCGUGUGGCUGACUGCUGCGGGCGGACUGCUGCUGCUGUGCGGCCCCAUCCUCACCUCCGUCUUCCCCUACCUGCUGGAGGACUGCGUCUACAUGCUGCGCUGCCUCCGCCUGGCCGUCACGAUGCUCAGGUACAAGAGGGGGAAACCUCUGCACAGCAUCGUGGACGGAUUCCUGGACGCCGUCCGGAAACACCCCGCCAAGACCUUCCUGCACUUCGAGGGCCACGCGUGGACGUACAGUGACGUGGACAGGCGCAGCAACAAGGUGGCCCGCGCGCUGCAGGAGGCGGCGCAGCUGAAGGAAGGCCAAGCCGCCGCGCUCUUUCUGCCCAACGAGCCUAACCUGGUGUGGACCUGGCUGGGACUCGCUAAACUGGGCUGUCCGGUUGCUCUGCUCAACUUCAACAUCCGAUCCAAGUCCCUGCUGCACUGCUUCUCCUGCUGCGGGGCCAAAGUGCUCAUCACCUGUGCAGAGCUGCAGGACGCGGUGGAGGAAAUCCUACCUGCACUGAGAGAGCAGGGGGUCAGCGUGUACUUCCUGUCGGAGACGCGACACGUCGAUGGAGUCCAAGUUUUGACAGAUAAAAUUUCCAAGGCCUCAGACCAGCCUUUGUCCAAGGACCUGCGAGCCAACGUGAAGAUCAGGAGCACUGCUCUUUACAUCUACACGUCAGGAACCACAGGUUUGCCCAAAGCGGCGGUGGUCACCCAUGAGCGCAUGUGGGCGGCAUCCUUCAUCCAAGCAACGUGCGGCAUCACCAGUGAUGAUGUCAUCUACAUCAACCUGCCUCUCUACCACAGCUCCGGCUUUCUCAUCGGACUAGCGGGUGCCAUCCAGAGAGGUAUAACGGUGGUUUUGAAGAGAAAGUUCUCUGCCUCUCAGUUCUGGGACGACUGCAGGGAGCACAACGUGACAGUGAUGCAGUACAUCGGAGAAACCAUGCGCUACCUCUGCAACUCGCCACAGAAGGACGACGACAGGGACCACAAAGUGAGGAUCGCCAUCGGCAACGGCGUCCGCAAAGACGUCUGGUCCGAGUUUCUGCGGCGCUUCGGCGACAUUAAAGUGAAGGAGCUGUAUGCCGCCACCGAGGGGAACAUCGGAUUCAUUAACUACACUUCCAAAGUCGGCGCUGUGGGGAGGAUGAACGUUUUACACAGCCUCAUCUUCCCGUACACGUUGAUCAAGUUCGACAUCGAGAAGGAGGAGCCUGUCAGAAACUCACAGGGUCUUUGCAUCAAGGCGGCUAUAGGUGAGACGGGUCUCCUGACGGGAAAGGUCACGCAGAGGUCACCUUUCGUGGGCUACGCAGGCAACGAUCAGCAGACUGAGAAGAAGAGGCUCCGCAACGUGAUGAAAAAAGGCGACCUCUACUUCAACACAGGAGACUUGAUGCGCUUCGACAAGGACAACUUUGUCUAUUUCCAAGACCGAGUCGGCGACACGUUCAGAUGGAAGGGAGAGAACGUGGCCACUUCAGAAGUAGCAGACAUCCUCACCAUGGCUCCUUGCGUUCUAGAGGCAAACGUCUACGGUGUUAAAGUGGAAGGGAACGAAGGCCGGGUGGGCAUGGCCGCAGUCACUCUGAAAGAAGGCCAGGACUUUGACUGUGACGACGCCUACAAGGUGCUACACACACACCUGCCUAGUUACGCACGCCCUCGCUUCAUCAGGAUCCAGCCAUGCUUGGAGAUAACGGGCACGUUCAAGAUGAAGAAAAACAGGUUGGUGAACGACGGAUUCAACCCGGCCCUAAUCCGCGAGCCUUUGUACUACCUCCACGCGUCGAAACUGACCUUUGUUCCCAUGACAACGGAGAUUUACAGAGCCAUAACCAGCGGCACAAUCAAACUCUAACAUUUUGUUGUUCAUAGACAUGUUCAGUUUGUGCCUUGACAACUAAUCUCAGGGAGGAAUGGACACCAUAUUUAUUUCGACCAAGCCCUGACAGUAUAGUACAGUAAAGUACAGUACAAUACAACUCCACAUUCCAGCACAGCUAAUAAAAAAAAAUCAUAUAUAACAGGGGUCUUUGACAUUCUCCUAUUUAUAUAUCUUGUGUAAAAUUGUUUUUUAAACAAACCUGCGGCUUCUGAGGUAGAGGGCAGGCGUAUCUCUCUUCUGCCUGUGUUUUAAUGGUGUUAUAAAUGAAGUACAUUUAUAGGAUAAACAUAAACCAGGUGCUUGCUGAGAAUGGGCCAAUCACAAGGAGGAGCCUGACAGAGGUUGUGUGUCAAAUGUGUGCAUUGCUGACUGAAAAACAUAUUCUGCCUCCAUUUACCUGUGUUGGAACAACGUUAACGAGUAUUUAAAUUUGAGCAGAAAUUGUGGGGGCGAAUUAUACAAUAUUUUAAAAGGUCUUAACCAAACAUGACUGCCUUUGACCCCUGUUGAAGACCUCUGUACUAUAGCAUUUCAAAAUAUGACACUGAAAUAUUUUAUCCAAAGCUCUUUGUUUAAAUGAAAUGGGUGUAGAUGUCAUUCAAGUGUGGAAAAUAAACUUUUUACCACAUU